AUGGCGGUACAUCAAGUCCAAGUCUUUAAGUUGGGUAUCGCGACCCAGUUUGAGCGCCUCACUGGCCGAGAGAAACAAUAUGCGCAUCACAUGGCUCGCGCUGCUUGGCUCGGAUCGAGGAUCAUUCUGCGACAGGUUUCUCCGGAAUCAUCUUCAAUUUUCGACUUCAUCAUCGAGCUCCAUCGCACCUGUUCUGGCAACUGGCAUUCGUGCAUUGGAGAAGGUGUUAGCAGCGAUGACCUCCAGAAGUUCCUGACCUACGCGGCUACCUUUCUCUCCAAUGCUGGGAACUAUUAUGGCUCCGGGGAUCAAAAGUUUGUCCCUGGCAUAGAGAAUCAUGUCCUGAAGAAGCUGGCAGAUCGAUCCUUGGUAUUGAGAGAGUUAUAUGAGGAGAUACACAAGUCCAUCGAAUCCAUACCGCCUUUCAACCUAGGCUUUCCCAGCGAGACGUCUCAAAGCAGCUACUAUCUGGGGAAUGCCAUCAGUGAAUCUGACGCAGCCAUUGUGUCCAAGAUUCUUGAGCAGAACGCCGUAUUCCCUGAGAAUACUAGGCUUCGAAAGUCUGAAGAUGGCACUGAAUUCGAUGUCCUCAUUGCAUCUGUUGAACGUGGACUCGUUGCCCAGUUCUCUCUCCCAAGUGGCCAAGGACAUGUGAGACUUCUGAAGGGAGAUCAUUCGUCUGACCUCCAACUCGUUUGUGCAGAGUUGAACGAAGCCUCCAAAUACGCGGCCAACGACUUGCAGAGAAAUAUUCUCAGUGCGUACAUCGAAAGCUUCCAAACCGGUAGCCUGGACAUAUAUCGCGCGUCUCAAAGGCUAUGGGUUCAGGACAAGGCGCCUAGGGUAGAGAAUAUCUUCGGAUUCGUUGAGCCAUAUCGCGAUCCGCAAGGAAUUCGAGGAGAAUUCGAGGCUCUGGUGGCCAUUGCAGAUGAUUCAGAGACCAGGCUCCUUGCUGAACUAGUUAACAACUCGGCAAAGUUCAUCCGCCGACUGCCCUGGGCAACCCCAGAGAACGAUGGCAAAGGGCCGUUCGAGAAGAGUCUAUUCGAUCCGCCCGACUUCUCGAGCAUUCACGCUCUUGCGUACUGCUCAAGCAUCAUAUUUCCGGGAAUCAACUUACCAAAUUAUAAUGAUAUUCGGCAAGAAAAUGGAUUCAAGAAUGUCAUCAUUUCUAAUCGAAUGAUUGCUGAGAGCCAAGCAAAGCAGUACCCUUUUAUUGAAGAUUCUGAAGCUGAGAAGUUCAGGGAGCACAAGUUCCAGGCUUACUAUUGGUGGAUUGUGCUCCAUGAGCUCCUUGGCCAUGGUACAGGGCGAAUGAUGGUUGAAAGUACGGACGGAAAAUUCAACUUUGAUAUCGAGAAUCCACCCGUCAACCCCCUCACUGGAAGACCUAUUUCAAGCUGGUACAAGCCAGGUCAAACUUGGACGGGUCAAUUUGGUGAACUGGCAACUACGGUCGACGAGUGUAGGGCUGAACUAGUGGGAGCUUAUUUAAUGGAUGAUUCGGAGCUUCUUGAGAUGUUUGGUUUCACUGAAACCUCCAAUAUUCAUGCCGAAGACUUGACGUACAAUUUGUACUUGCAGCUGGGCGUUGAUGGUCUACGGGGACUCUCGAACUUUAACGUGCAAAGUAAUAAAUGGGGUCAGGCGCACAGUCGGGCUCACUUUGCCAUACUGAAGUGCUUGCUUCUUAACGGCGGUGGUGUCAUAACUAUUUCGCACAAUAAGCCCAAACAGCGUUUGACAGUUCAGGUGGACCGGUCCAAAAUUCGUACACAUGGUAAACCGGCCUUGGGAAAGAUGCUCUUGCAUCUGCACAUGUUUCGAUGCACAGCAGAUGUGGAAGGCUGUCGAACAUACUAUGAGAAGUUGUCAAGUGUAGACGGAGUACGAACCAACGGUUGA